AUGCAUUUCAUUAACUUAGAUAUUUUAGAUAUGAUUGGAAACUAUUGCAAAAUGUAUCAGAAUGCCAAAUUAAUAUGCUUGAGUGAAGAAUUUUUGGACCAAGUUAAAGUACUUUGCAAUUAUAUUUAUAAUUGUGUAAAAAAAAUUAGCGAACAACAACAAGAAGACAUAGGACGUGAAAUACAACGAAUGAACUCCAUAAUUCAGUUCUCAACAAUUUUGGACCGUUGUGGCGAAGCAAAACACGAGCUUGGAGUAAAGGACGCUUUGGAGCAAGCAAAAUCCAGAGUAAUUUUUGACAAUAUAUAUAAUGAAGAUAUAGCGGUAUCAGCUCUAAAAGAAUUCGAAAAAAAGGUAAAAUUAAGCGCAGUCAUUACCAAAAACGAACGUGCUUUAAUAGUUAAGGCCAUGAAGUUUCCUAAACAAGGGCAUUGGUAUAAAUGUCCAAACGGACAUAUCUACUGUAUUACCGAGUGCGGCGGAGCAUCGCAAAUAAGUAAAUGUAAUGAAUGUGGAGCAACCAUAGGCGGAGUAAAUCAUAGAUUACUGUCUACCAAUACCGUUGCCGGAGAAAUGGAUGGAGCACAACAUCCGGCAUGGUCAGAACAAAACAAUAUGGCGAAUUUUGAUUUAAUCUUUGAUUGAUGUGUUUUACUAUUAUUUGUGUUUAUUAUUCUAAUAGCUAAGUGAGUGUUUACAAAUAUUAUUAAACAUUAUUUUAAAGUGUAUCGUCUUAGAAAAUAGGGUAUUCAUAAAUUUAUUAUGUUGUUAUCAGACUUUGAACAAGUACAGAGGUACAUAAGGAUAUACAAAAUUUUAAAUAUAUUGAUUUUAAACCUUUACAGUUUAGUGGAAAUGGAUUGCCAAAUUUUGACAUCCGUGUCAA